ACUCAUUCUUGUGCAAGGUGUCAAACGAUCAAGUUCAGCUCAGAGCACACACACACACACACACUCAUCCUAUAUCUAUCAGUUUAUCCCGCUCUCGUUCUGUUUUGUUGUGUGCCUGUUUAUUUUGCGUGUGCGUGCUAUAGAAAUUAAAUAUUAAAUUAAUUUUUUUUUGUUGACAACAAAAGAUGUCAUCGACUGUGUUGUACCAUCAUCAACAUCAACAACCGCACCACCAGCAACAUCAGCAGCAGCAACAACAAACUCUGGGCAAAAUUCAAGCUCAAGUCACGCCUACAAAUAUGGGUGAACUAUUUCCCACCACAAUUGGUGGUGCCACAAAAGUGUAUCGCUAUCAACAUAUAAUGCCGGCUCCAGCACCCGAGAAUAAUAAUAACAAUAACCACAUGCCAAUUAAGACACGUAAAUAUACACCUAGAGGAUUGGCCACAUCAGUAUCCUCAUCAUCAUCAUCAACAUCAACAUCAUCGUCAUCAUCAUCAUCAUCAUCAGCAUCAUCCACUUCAUCCACAUUGUCGUCUAUAUCGGCUCCCUAUAACGUGGAUCAAUCACAAUCGGUGCAGCGGCGAAAUGCCCGUGAAAGGAAUCGUGUGAAACAGGUGAACAAUAGUUUUGCCCGUCUCCGUCAGCAUAUACCGCAAUCGAUUAUUGCCGAUCUGACCAAAGGCGGUGGCCGUGGACCACAUAAGAAAAUCUCCAAAGUGGACACCCUACGCAUUGCCGUUGAGUAUAUCAGACGUCUACAGGAUUUGGUUGACGAUCUGAACGGUGGACCGAGCGCCAGCAGCAGCAAUUUGUCACAGCAAUUCAAUUUCUGCCUCGAUGAGAGUAGCAGUCACAGUUCGAGCAGCAGCAGUCACAGUUCCUCUAAUCUCUACUAUACAACGAACAACAACAGCAGCAGCAACAGUAGCAGUCAUGUGGCACCAGCAACAGCUCCAACACCACCAACUCCACUCCAGCAGCAACAGCAAUUGCAGCGUCAACAAUUCAAUCAUCAGCCACUCACACCGAUCACCCUCAAUGGCAAUGUGGUGGCGGCACCUCCUACAGGAACCAUCACUGGCACCACUUGCCAUUCACCCACCUCAUCAUUCAAUUCCAGCAUGUCCUUCGAUUCGGGCACCUUUGAGGCUGCCCCUCAACAAUUAUCACCGCCAACGACGGUGUCCACCAUUGCCCUCGAUGGUCAAUUGCAAAUGAAAUUCGAACCUUAUGAACAUUUCCAACUGGACGAAGAGGAUUGCACGCCCGACGAUGAGGAGAUCCUCGACUACAUCUCGCUCUGGCAGGAGCAGUGAUCCUUCCCCGCCUCCCAACUCGCAAACCUUCCUCAGAAACCCACUCGACUAUGUCCAAGUUCCUGUCGAAUUGUUCUCGUUAUAAUUUUUCUAGUCAAUCAGAUGAAAAGUAAGCAAACUGUUGAGUCGAACCAAGUGCCUCAAAAAAAAAAAGCGAAAGAAAA